UUGAUGGUCGUGAUGAGAAAAUAUUGAUAAAUUCAGCAGUAAUUGUGAGUAUUUUCGUGUUUUCAGACCGCUGCCUUGAAUAAUUGUCGCGAACAGUUAUUUAUUUCAAAAAUUGGACAGAUUAAAAUUGAUGGUAACCCGUUUGCCAUUCCAUUUUCGAUUUGCCUGGUGUCAGUCACAUUGGACAUAUCAGACAGAACAGAAUGGAAACAAAGAUCGCCAUUGGCAAAAGACUUCUCAUUUUUACCAUUUUCAUAUCCAUGCUGAAUUGGAGUAAUUACGCAUGGAAUUUGCGUCCAAAAGAUUUGAAAGUGGAAAAUAUAAAACAAUGCCCCAUCGAUGAAGACAGUCCCAUAGUUAUCGAUGUUUUUGAUAUAACGCAGCCCGAACGACAGAAAUAUGCAUUAAACGCGACUAUUCGAAUCUUAAGCGAUAUCGAUAAUCAUAUUUAUUUCAAAAUGAAUUUGACAAAAUGUUCAUUUAGCCGAUUCAAAUGUGAUGAUUUAGAUACGUUAGCCACACCGAAUGUGUGCAAGAAUCUGAAUAGCCCAAACACAUUGUGGUCAUCGGUGGUUAAAACACUGCAGCCGCCGUUAACUUGCCCGUUGAAAGCGGGAGUGUAUCACGUGGAGAAUAGUUUUUUUGACUUGGGCAUUAUUACACGCACACCAACUGAACCGGGAAAAAUUCUGGUGAAUUUAUCAUUUUUCGACUAUCCACACGAGACGGAACGAAGAAAACGUCUUUUAAUUUGCCUAGCCGUUGAGGUGACAAUCACGCAAGCCAAAUCAUUGGGAGGCACAAUUAGCGCACCUCAAACUCAUGCUAUAAAAGGUUAAGGUGUUGAUUUUUUGUUACUUUUCACACACACACAUACACAAAAAUGAAUAAAUUUUGAGCUUUGCACAUUUUUCGCAAAAUAAAUGUAUUGCUUUGAUGAUUUUCUUGGUGUGAUAUUUUUGUUAGACAUUUAUUAGGGAGCAUACUGAUGACUCAUCAACAAGGCAACCAAAAAUAUUUAUGA